AGCCCUCCUACUCCCAACCAGAAGCCUUAAUUACUCGGUCCUAAGGCCACUGAGAGCGAUUGGAAUAAAUAUGGCUCGCGCUGCCUCUGUUCUGUGUCUCUGAUCCACAUCCGCCCCGCGCCGCGUUCUCUCUUCUUCCUUCUUCCCUCUUUGGCCGCGGUGGAUUUGGCUUCGAACCCUCGGGCGCGAUGAAGGUGACCGUUGUCUCUCGCAGCGGCAGAGAAGUCAUCAAAGGCGGGAUCGAGCUCAAGGAUUCGGCCACCGUGAGCGAUCUACAGGAUGCCAUUCAUGCUCGAACCAAAAAAUACUAUCCUUCUAGACAGCGGCUUACCCUACCUUUGCCACCCAGAACUCAGGGGAAACCUGUUGUCCUUAAUCCAAAGAAAAGGCUUACAGAGUAUUGUGAUGGAGAUGCAAACAAUUUGACUGUGGUAUUGAAGGAUUUAGGCAUGCAGGUCUCGUACAGCACUCUUUUCUUCUGGGAGUAUUUGGGCCCUUUAAUUAUCUUCCCUAUCUUUUACUAUUUCCCGGUGUAUGAGUUUCUUGGUUAUGAGGGUGAACGAGUCAUUCAUCCAGUUCAGACCUAUGCCAUGUAUUAUUGGUGCUUCCACUACUUCAAGCGUAUCAUGGAGACAUUCUUUGUCCACAGAUUCAGCCAUGCAACUUCACCACUCUCUAAUGUAUUCAGGAACUGCGCCUAUUAUUGGACUUUUGGCGCAUACAUUGCAUACUAUGUUAACCAUCCACUCUAUACACCUGUUGGAGACUUACAAAUGAAGAUAGGGUUUGGCUUUGGGUUGAUCUGCCAAGUUUUGAACUUUUAUUGUCAUCUUCUCUUGAGAAACCUUAGGAGCACUGAUGGCAGUGGUGGUUAUCAGAUUCCUCAAGGGUUUUUGUUCAACAUAGUGACUUGUGCAAACUACACAACAGAGAUCUAUCAAUGGCUUGGUUUCAAUAUCGCUACGCAGACUGUAGCAGGUUAUGUCUUCCUUGUGGUGGCUGCUCUCAUUAUGACUAACUGGGCCCUUGCAAAGCACCGCAGGCUGAAGAAGAUAUUUGACGGGAAAGAAGGACGACCUAAAUAUCCUCGGCGAUGGGUGAUACUUCCUCCGUUUUUCUAAGUGGCAAUCCUCUUGGUUUGUUUCUCUGCUCUCAAAAUCUUAUCAAUCCAAGUAGAAUCCUGUCAGCGUAAUUUAGAAGAUUGUUCUACUGUAAACAACUGAACUGUCUGUUGAACCGCCAAGCAGUUAAAUCAGCAUGAUUGCUUGUGGAGUGCAUGAUAUAUUCUGUUUGAUAGUUUCUUAAGCUCAAUUUAUUGUUCAACUUAUUUUGUCCAAGGUACCUCUUUAUCACCCCCCCUCCUUUUUUUUCUGAAAAAGAAGUGAUACUUGUCCGGACAAAUUCAAACGCUAAGACAUGGUCAGUUGCGGCCCCAUGAGUUACUUAAUAUUUUUGUUUUUUCUGCACAUUUUUUUUUAAUUUUUUAGGCUGAUCGCAUGUUGGUUGUGAUUGUGUUUUCACCCGGAGAAUCUUCAUAUUAAAUGAAGCUGGGGAUGUUAUAACAAAUUGCAUCUGGUUUGCUUAAAAAAACCUGUCUUUCUGCCAUGUAAGUUCUGUGCUUCUAGACAAAAUCGAAGGCUUUUCCAAUCUCUUCAGGGUCUGUUCCGGUAUUUCUGCAGGAAUUAUCCUGCAGAAACUGGAGAGAAUGGAAGUAUGGGAGGGGGAGAGAGAGAGAGAGGACGAAGGGCUGGAGACGAUGAGGGAGAUAAGGCUUUUUGUUGGCUGCAACUGUAUCCAUCGUGUGUGAGCCGCUGUUGUACCAGAAGAAGAAGAUGAAAAAAAAGUUGAAAGGCUCUGCUCAAAUGGAUUGUGUAAUGUGCGAAUCCAGCAGAAUUUCUGAAUUUCCGAGGCCGUAAAUGAAUUGGUCACAGCAGCAAGAAGCCCAUGGUGGUCAGUGUUGGGAUUUUGGACGGCAGCUGUUUGUCUGGUACACAGAAAGCUUGUGAUAGAUAAUCUUAUAGAUCCAUGCACCUGGUCUUCUGAUAUCAAACAUCCGCGUUGAGUCUUGAUCUCGAGCA